GCGAAGUGAAGUCUGCAAACACAAAGAGGAAAAGGGUUUCCUGUCUGAUGUUUAAAGCUGGAGCAGAACAGCCGACAGUCCACAGCAGGUGGGACGUCAUGGUCGCACAAAGCACAAAUGUGGUUUUGGUCUUUGUCCUCCUGGUCUUCAUGUCCGGUCUGAAACUUGAGUGCUCAGCCGCAGAAGAUGAAGAGGGAUUUGAACUGUGUGUUUCCUCUCGGCGGCAAAUGAGAGACCUCUCCCAUCAAAACCUAACCGCCGUCCCCUUGGGUCUUCCUGACAACCUUCAGUAUCUGGACGCUUCUCACAACUCCAUCCGCAGACUGGACGCAGAUCCGUUUCUUGGAUUUUCCCAGCUCUGUUUCCUGAAGCUCACUCACUGUGGGCUGGAACAGAUUUCUCCAAGUGUGUUUCUUCACACACCAGCCCUGAAAAUUCUGAACAUAUCUUACAAUCACUUGUCUGCCGUCCCAGAGCUGUCCCUGAACCAGCUGAAAGUCCUGGAUUUGGCCAACAAUCUCUAUGCCACCUACCAGGUCCCGGGGUCAUUCCAGAAGCUGACCAAGCUGGAGGUGCUGUUGCUCGGCAGCGUUAAAGCUCUGUCAGUGAACCACGGUGACUUUGAACCCCUGACCAACACGUCUUUGAAGCAUCUGUGGUUAGGAGCAGGAACUCAGUGGCAGAAGUACGAUUCCGGCACUCUUUCCAAAAUUAAGACCAUUGAAAAGUUUUCCCUUUUUGCAAAGUUUUGUGGGACCUUUGACAUAUUAGAGAUGUUACUCAGGGACCUUAAUGAGACAAAGACAAGAACACUGAUAUUUAUCAGACUGUUUCCGGACAGGUGCAACGUGCACUUGGACCCUCUGAAGAGCCUGAGGACCAUGCCGUUACUCCAGGACAUGACUAUCGCCAACACUUGGAUUAACAGCUCCUUUAUGGAGAUGGUUGUGAAGAACAUCUGGCUGUCCUCUUUCAGGAAUGUGUCAUUUUUGGAUAUUGUUUACAAUGAGGACACCCCAGCAGGGAUUCAGUUCCAUCCCAUCAAUCACACAGCCGGUGUCUGCUCCAUAACCUUGAAUGGCAUCACUCACUAUCAGUACAGAUAUCCAACCAUCAACAUCAGCACCGACUCCUUCUCCAGUUUGACCUACAUCAAGUUCUCCAGGACUGGAAUGAACAUUAUACCCUGUGACAUCCUGUCCACCCUGCCGUCUCUGGAGACACUGGACCUGUCUGAUAACCUCUUGACUGACACGGGCUUCUGGUGGCAAGGUUGUUCCUACACCUCAGCCUUCCCCAGACUCAGGCGGCUAUGUUUGAGUAAGAACCGCUUCAGAAACCUUUCCCUUAUCUCCAAGAAUCUCCAUCAGAUGAAGACGCUGGAGUCUUUGGACCUCAGUUUCAACUCCAUCUACUUGGGCGACCUCUGUGCUUGGCCGACUCAACUGACUGAGCUCAGUCUGGGAAACAACAACCUGGGAAAUAGUGUCUUUAAAUACCUGUCUGCAAACUUUGAGAGGAUUGAUUUGUCAAAGACGGGGAUAACAGUGGUGACGCAGGAGGACAUGAAGCAGUUUCCCCGCCUGACACACCUUGACCUCAGCUCGAACAGCAUCCAGGUUCUGCCUGUGGACCUCAGUGCUCCAACUCUGCUCUCCCUCUCUGUGGACCAGAAUGCAAUUACAUCUAUUCCCCAGGAGGUCCUGGCAGGACUCCCCAGGCUUCAGACCCUCAGAGCCGGGAACAAUCCCUAUGUGUGCUCAUGUGCAUCCUAUUGGUUCAUCAUGGCCCUGAACAAGUCUCUGGUUCCGGACUGGCCCGUUGACUACACGUGCAGCAUGCCACCCUCGUGGGCGGGCCUGCCGCUUUCAGAGUACAGACCCAGCAGGAUGUCCUGCGAGGCGUGGCUCCAGGCUGCAGUGGCUGUGCCUGUGGUGAUGGCCAUGUCUGCAACCGUCGCAGCACUCUUCUAUUUCUGUGAUGGACUGUGGUACACGAGGAUGCUGUGGGUUUGGAUUCGAAUGAAGAGGAGGAGCAACAAACGCUCCACCCUGUUGAAGAACGUCUUGUUCUCUUACCACGCCUUCAUCUCCUACAGCCACCAGGACUCCAACUGGGUGGACAGCCACCUGGUGUCUUGUCUGGAAGGUGCUGGGUUUUCACUGUGUGUCCAUGAGCGCGACUUUGUGCCCGGCGAAUGGAUCAUAGACAACAUUAUCAACUGUGUCGAGUCCAGCUAUAAGACACUCUUUGUCCUCUCCAAACACUUUGUCCAGAGCGAAUGGUGCAACUAUGAGCUCUUCUUUGCCCAGCACAGGUCCAUCAGCAUCCAGCAGGACUCUCUGGUCUUCAUUCUGCUGGAGCCCAUGCCCACAGAUUCUCUGCCCAAGAAGUUCUUGAGAUUGAGGACUUUGCUGAGGCAGCAGACGUACCUGGAGUGGUCUCAGGACGAGUGCAAGCAGCAUGUUUUCUGGGCCAGUCUGAAGUCAAUGCUGCACGUCGCCGACAGGUCUGUCGUCUUGAAGCAAGUGGCGCUGGCCAUUGCCGACACCGUGCCGUUGGUUACACGCCAGCUUUAACAGGAACCCCAAAACUAAGAGUCCAGAGAGGGUUCCGGAGACACCAGAAGGUGGCGCUCAACCACUCAUCUGUGUACUUUGGGUCAUUCUGGAACGUCGGCGUAUAUCGUUGUGACGACAAUAUGGACUGUAACAGACCUCCACAUCCAGCAUGUUCACCUCCAAGAUGGUCUGAGGCCGGACACCUGGACAGCUGCUGCAACAUUUGGUUUGCAGAACCAAAGAAUUUCUGCACAAUCUGUCAGGAACCAUCUUAGGGAAGCUCAUCUGCUGCCUGUCACCCUCAUCGGGGUCUCGACCUGACUGCAGGCAAAUGCUCUCAUUUGAUGGCAUCUGGCACGGUGGAGAGUUCUUCUCUUGAGGCCCGUUGUUGUGCCCUUCAUCCACAACCAUCACCCCGUGUUUCAGCAUGAUAAUGCACGGCCCCGUGUUACAAGGAUCUGUACACAAUUCCUGGAAGCUGAAAACAUUGCAGUUCUUGCAGGGCAGCAUACUGACCGGGCAUGUCACCCACUGAGCAUGUUUGGGACGCUCUGGUUCGGCGUGUACGACAGUGUGUUCCAGUUCCUGCCAAUAUCUAGCAACGUCUCAUAGACAUUGAAGAGCAGUGGACCAACAUUCCACAGGCCACAAUCAUCAACCUGAUCAACUCUACGCACACCUGUGCAAUAAUCAUGCUGCCUAAUCAGCAUCUU